AUGGACAGGGCGGCACGGCUGCGAAAGAGGGGCUCGCUCCAGGCGAGGGACAGGCAGACCAUCAGCAAGGCCACCGGAGAACGCCUUUUCUCCGUGCCCAACUUUCUCGAGCUCAUACAGACAAACAACAACACCAUCAACAACAAGCGAGGUUCCGUGAUCAUCUAUGGCAAUCGCAACAACAAGAAACUGAUUCGUGCCGGCAACUUGGACGGACUGGUGGAGCUGCUUACGGCGGAUGAGGGCGACACGCAACCGGCCUACGUGGAGACCUUCGUGGCCACUCACUCCUACUUUGUCGACUCGCAGUCCCUCAUGACCCGCCUCAUGGAGCGCUUCUACGACAGCGAGGACGGGAGGGUGAUCGACGUCUUCAAGAAGUGGAUGACGUUCUACUUCGAGGACUUCACCGAAGAGAACGCCAUCUUCUUCAACAUGUUCCUGUCCGACCUCGGUUCGAAGGGCUUCGAGGCGCACGCCGACGAUCUGCGUUCGGUGUUCCGGGUGCAGGGCGAGGCCUACAGGAAGCGGCUGACACAGGAGGAAGUCGACGCGGAGAAGGAGCGCGCGGCGCUGGCGGUCAGCGAGGACAUCACGCAUCGCGUGCCCGACCUCGAAGAUGACGACCACGACCCGGCCGACAUCGCCCGCCAGAUGACCCUCAUCGAAGAGCGGCUCUACAAGGAGAUCUCGCUCAGAGAGUUCCUACAGCUGGCAUGGAGCAAAAAGGAUGGCAAAGAGAAGGCGAAAAAGCUGACCCGAUUAAUCAAUCGAUUCAAUGCGGUGAGCUUCUGGGCCGCCAGCGCGAUUCUCACUUGCGACCACUCCUCCAAGAAGCGCUCAAAGAUGCUUUCGCUCUUCAUCCAAGUCGCCGAUGCUUGCCUCAACUUGCAAAACUUCCAGUCGGCCAUGCAACUCUACUCGACACUCAACCUCACGCCCAUCGAAAGGCUGGAGAAGGAGUGGAACAGCCUUCCCAAGAAGGUCAGCCAGAUGUACGAACGCCUCAAGGAGUUCUUUGAGUCCGGGGGCAACUUCAAGCGGUACAGGGAGACGCUGGCCAAGGUCGAGGCGCCGGCCAUCCCCGUGCUCUCGUUCAUCCUCUCCGAUCUCACGAUGAUCGAGGAGAACAAGUCCUCCAUCAAGAUCAAGGUCAGCGAGGGCAGCGGAAUUCAGGGCGGCAGCGCCAUACCCGGCAGCGGCGGCAGUGGUAUUCAAGCGGAAGGCGGCAGUGGAAUCCAGGGCGGCGGUGACGGCGGCAGUGGCAGUGGUAUUCAAGCGGGCGACGGCAGUGGGAUUCAAGCCGGCGGUGGCAGUGGAAUCCAGGGCGGCGGCGAGGAGGAGGAGGAGGAAAGCGAGCUGGUCCACUUCGAGAAGAUGUCGAUGAUCUACAACACGCUCAGCCAGCUGAAGAAGUGCGGGAAUGUGGCGUACCCGCGCGACGACCACGACAACGGCGGCGACCACAACGAAAACGGCGAGAAGCGGGAGCGAGACAAGAAGGCCAACAAGGCCUCGACGGCGAGGGAGGAGCUGGUGAAGAUGCUCACCGAUCUGCCGCGCCUCAGCGAGAAGGAGCUCUACGACCUCAAGAACGACACCAAGAAGAAGGUGAAGGACCUCAAGAAGGCCCUCAAGGCCUCCCGGAAGAAGUGA